GUCAACAUGGCGGUGGGGAGACAGACAAAGACAAGUCAGGUUCGGAUGUGACUCGGAGGGAGAUCCAAGGGAUUUUACUGCACAGAGGGCUGACCCGGCAUUGCCGCCACCCAUCUUGUCCAAGAGGUGCUACUGGAGUAGCGGGUAUAUGCCAGGUCUGCAAAUCAGCACUGAACAGGUUCAAAGCCAAAACACCAGAGUCUGAACCCAAGAUUUUCCGGCAUGCUGCCAAGCCGUCACUGGCUUAGCCUAUGAACCUUCUGAUAUGCGUCCGUCAGCAGACAGCAGUGCUCUCAGUCUGCCAGAAACAAUGUCACAUUACACAGAUGAACCUAGAUUUACCAUAGAGCAGAUAGACCUGCUCCAACGCUUAAGACGCACAGGAAUGACCAAGCAUGAAAUCCUCCAUGCACUUGACACUUUAGACCGUCUUGAUCAAGAGCACAGUGACAAGUUUGGAAGGAGGUCAAGCUAUGGAACCAGUUCGUACAGUAACAAUACCAAUAAUGUUGCGGCAUCUUCCUCAACAGUCACGGCUUCCACACAGACCCUACACUGUGGAAUGUCCCCGUCACCAAGCAACAGCUGUGACACCUCUCCACAACCAUGCACUACCAAUCAGAAUGGGAGAGAGAGCAAUGAGAGGCUCCCAACAUCCAAUGGGAAGUUGUCACCAACUCGCUACCAUGCAAACAGCAUCGGCACCAGGUCGUAUAGCUUUGAAGCUUCAGAGGAGGAUCUAGAUGUUGAUGACAAAGUGGAGGAAUUAAUGAGGAGGGACAGCAGUGUCAUUAAAGACGAAAUUAAAGCCUUUCUUGCUAAUCGAAGAAUAUCCCAAGCGGUCGUUGCACAAGUAACAGGUAUCAGCCAGAGCAGGAUCUCCCAUUGGCUGCUGCAACAAGGGUCUGACUUAAGUGAACAGAAAAAAAGAGCAUUUUACCGAUGGUAUCAGCUGGAAAAAACAAAUCCUGGUGCAACACUAAGCAUGAGACCUGCCCCUAUUCCAAUAGAUGAUACAGAAUGGCGACAAACCCCACCUCCUGUCACUGCUACCUCUGGUACAUUCAGGUUACGAAGGGGUAGCCGAUUUACCUGGAGAAAAGAAUGUUUGGCUGUGAUGGAAAGUUAUUUUAAUGAAAACCAGUAUCCUGAUGAGGCAAAGCGAGAGGAAAUUGCCAAUGCCUGCAAUGCUGUUAUACAAAAGCCAGGCAAGAAGCUCUCUGAUCUGGAAAGAGUCACAUCCUUGAAAGUAUAUAACUGGUUUGCCAAUAGAAGGAAGGAAAUCAAAAGGAGAGCCAAUAUUGAAGCAGCAAUCCUGGAGAGUCAUGGGAUCGAUGUACAAAGCCCAGGUGGUCACUCCAAUAGUGAUGAUGUUGACGGUAACGAUUACUCUGAACAGGAUGACAGCACUAGUCACAGCGACCACCAGGAUCCCAUAUCCUUAGCAGUGGAAAUGGCAGCUGUUAAUCACACGAUCUUAGCACUGGCCCGGCAAGGAACCAAUGAAAUCAAGACAGAGGCACUGGAUGAUGACUGAUACUUUAAACUACAGAAAGGGUCAAACUAAAAAGAUACUUAGAUUUAGACGUAGCACCUUAGCAAUUUUUCCUCAGUCCUUAAUAUGUGUUCCUCUUACAUUAUUACUGCAGUCUCUUGUACAUCAAGUUUGCUGGUAGAGUCUCGUUCUGUGAAGAUGACAUGGUGCCCAUAGCCUUCAAGAAUGCUCACUCAGUAUUAAUUCCAGUAAUUAUUAACUAGCUUCUCUUUUUCACUUUUUAAGAGGUUUAGAGAAUUUCACUGUUCUAUCCUGGCGUUCCAAUGUGAAAGUGCUUCCAGCCAUCAGGCUCUCAAGUGUUCAAAAAAAAGGUUACCAUAAAAUUACAUGCUUAUGAUCACAAAGACCAAUACAGAUAAAUGUCGUGGCCACCUCCAAACUACUCCAAGUAUUUCACUCCGAGUCACAAGUGCAGAAGGUCUCAUCACAGUCUGUGUAUAACUUCUAGAAUCUCACACAUCACGUGAAGAUGGAACCAAACCUAAUAGCUUAUCUGAAAAAGGAACCUUUAGAGGUUUGUGGAUGUUUUGAUUUAUAGAUAGAAGUAAAGUGAUUUGACUUUGUAACUAAUAUAUCAUAAAAUAUGUGUCCUGUCAAAACUUAAA